CUUCAGCACUUCCAUCAACGUAUCUCAAAACCAAAAUCGUAUACUGUAAGUACCCUGAACCAGCUUCACAACGUUUACUCCUUAGACCCUGGGCGUGUUUGUGACACCCUGGGCAGCCGCUGUGACCAGCCGUUACAAUGUCAGGCGUAAGAGCUUGCCUGCAGCCAAAUGAGGGCCCGGCGUGCCCUAUCGGCCAAACAUACGGAGAAGUUGGGGGGAGCAGUCCCAACUUCAGGGGCAACUUCUGUGACGCGGGGCGCAAGCACGUAUCCGGCCCAGCAUCCGAGCUUGCCACGCAGGGCUUCUCACGCUGGGAGCAGUCCUCAGGGAACCGCGAUCCCCCGCUCAGGCGGCACGCGGAGCAGCCUGCAUCUACUAGCUAUGCGGAGCCGUCUGUGAUGGGGGGGCAUGCCUCGUACUACGGACGCCGUGCAGUUGGGGAGGGCGAAGACGGGACAGCGUACCGGCGAACAAUGAAAGCAGUGCCGCAGCCGGUACGGCAGGACCGGCCGGAGGGGAAAAAGGCAAUUCCAGAGCCCUACGGCGCGCCGCCGGCGCACCCGCGCGGCACCCGCCCGCCGCCCGAUGACGUGCGCUUCCGUGAAGCGGAGUCCGCGCCCGAGCCCAACCUGCCGCGGCUAGGGCGCCCGGAUGGCAUUAGUGGGCUGCGCGAGAGCGGGGAUCAACAGUACCAGUUUGAAUCCUCCCUGGGUCGCAAGAUCCGCGUGGGGCAGGACAGCUAUCGAGGCGCGGGUCGCGCGGGUGAUCGAAGCCUUGUGUAUGGUGCGCCAGCGCGCACGGAGGACGACCCUACCUACUUCCGCAGCAUGAAGGACAGCCCCACGUUCACGCGCUUUUGCAACAGCCUGCCGGCCAAGCCCGCCGUCAGCCCGCACCAGCGGCGGGAGGAGGGCAUGCGCCGUGCCGCGGAGGAGGAGCGGCGACGGGAGGCGGCGCUGGUGAGCACGCUUGACAUUCAGGGAGUGCCGGAUGACGACUGAGCUCAGUGUUCGAGGUAUUGGAGCGGCAUGGCUAGCAGCGGUGCCGUGGCAAGACAAUAUGAGUAGUCUUAGAGCGGCCGGCAGGGCUUGUCGUCAGAGGGCCCGGGCUUUGUAUGCGACGUUUGCAUGUGAUAAUCGAUGCGGGAGAGCCCCAACCAGUACGGCUUGUUGCUGAGGUUAGCUGUGUGGUGCGUACAAAUAUGUCGCCAAGUAGGCAGGAUUAGCACUUCAUGCGAAGGCCGAUUGAUAGCACGGGACGAGCGCGUCAAGGGCGCUGUCACUUCAUAGGGAUGGCGCGUCACUGUCCGCGCCCAAGGACAGAGCGGGAGAUGUUGUGAGCGUGUCAGGAUGGUACCGGGAUGGGAUUUUGCCCGUGCCGCUUAAACUAAUCAUUCAGAAUGCAGGCGGCUUCUACAUGACUUACUUUCACCUUCACUCACUCAUAGUUUCCGCCUUUGGGUUUGCAAGCCCGCACAUCGCCGAGCAAACCGCCCUAGCA